AUCGGCUUAUCAUAAUUCUUUUAUGAUACACUCGUCCGCAUUCAAUCAGUAACGAAGCUGGGGGUUUCAAAGUGAUUAGGUAUUGCUCCGCCGCUUUUCGGCCACUCCAACAUUUGCCACAUUUUAAUUUUCGUUUCGUCUCCUUCAUCUCGACGUUUUUUCUUCUUUAGAUCUACUUAUCCAUGGCUUCGCUUAAUUACUAGUGUUGUUGCAGUCUCUGUGUGAUAUCAUUCUGGGGAAAAAGAAGUUUUAAGAGUUUUAAUCACUUCUACUGAUUUAAGAUAUGGCCACUUUGAACCCUUUUGAUCUGUUGGGUGACGAUGCCGAGGAUCCGACCCAGCUCGCCGCCUCCAUCCCUCCACCGGAGAAAACUGAUAAGUCCAAGAAAUCUGGACCGACUUCAGCUGCUGCGAAGGUUUCGUCAAAGCAGAUUCCUACUUCCCAAGCUGUGAGAGGGGCUAGGAGUGAUGCUCCACGCGGUGGUGGUAGAGGCGCCAACGGAGGAGCUGGCCGUGGUCGUGGUGGUUACAACCGUGAUUCCGGACGUGGUGAUGGUCCCGGAGGUAACAAUGGAUAUUCAGGAGGAGGGGGAUACAGUAAGCCGUCAGAGGGAGGAGACGUUUCAAAGUCUUCUUAUGAGAGGCGUGGUGGUGGAUAUGGCGGUGCUCCUCGUGGCUCCUUCCGUGGUGGUCGUCGUGGUGAAGAUGGUGAAGGCGAACGUCCUCGAAGAACAUAUGAGCGUCGUAGUGGAACUGGAAGAGGGGGUGACUUCAAACGUGAAGGAGCUGGUCGUGGGAAUUGGGGAACACCAGGAGAAGAAGUCUUUGCUGGCGAGACUGAAGAAGUAGCUGGUGUUGAGGCUGAGAAGGAUGCUGUGGAGAAGCCUGCUGUUGAUGAUGUAGCAGCUGAUGCUAACAAGGAGAACACUGCUGAAGUCGAGGAGGAGAAAGAGCCUGAGAACAAGGAAAUGACUCUGGAUGAGUAUGAGAAAAUUCUUGAAGAGAAGAAAAAGGCCCUUCAAACUCAAACCACCUCUGAGAGGAAAGUUGAUGCUAAAGAGUUUGAAUCAAUGCAGCAACUCUCAAACAAGAAGUCCAACGAUGAAAUCUUCAUCAAGCUGGGUUCUGAUAAGGAUAAACGCAAAGAUGACAAAGAGGAGAAGGCUAAGAAGUCUGUGAGCAUCAAUGAGUUUCUGAAGCCAGCUGAAGGUGAGAACUACUACCGAGGAGGUCGUGGCGGCCGUGGACGUGGUGGUCGUGGCCGUGGAGGUGUUUCAAGUGGCGGAUUUGGUGGUUACCGUAAUGAAGCUGCGCCUGCUAUUGGAGAUACUGCUCAGUUCCCAUCUCUUGGGGGCAAGUAAGAUCCAACAAUGAAAAACUCGUCCGGUCUCCUUCCUUUAUCCUCCCCUGGUGAAAUUGAGAAUGAAGGAUUUCGUGCGAGUGUCUACUGUUUGCCGGUCUUUUGUUGUCAGGUGUAAAUUUUUAGUUGUCGUCAGUUUUUUUAGUUUUUAUGCAAACUUAUGCCUGACCGGUGUUUUUUUUUUUUUUGUUUACUCGUGAAACAUUUACACUCUUGGUUUACUCAUUUAGUCUUUUUAGUCGUUGUUGUUUUCUUAUUUAUGAAACAUGUUUUCAGUUCCUAGUGUUAUCGGUUUUGAGUGUUCACUGAGUUCUCUCUGUCACCUCCUUUCUCAUUUCUGGUCAUGUUGUACAACGUAUAAAAUCUGUAAUAAUUUGACAUUGUAGCAUAAGAUUCAGAAGUUUAUGUUUGCAAGAGUUACGAGUGAAGCAAGCUCACGUCAUUUUUACUCUCUGGCUACAUUAAAUAUUACGAAACACGUUCCUGGGGGGGAUUUGUAGGAUGUGUGCAUAUUCUCGAUAUGUUUUGUCAUAAACCAUGAAAAAUGUUUUCUCGCUUAACAUUCAUCCGCCACUCAAACGCUGGAAAUUUCGAUUCUUUUCGCUCUCCGCAGAAAACCCAGAUGCCAUUUUGGUGGGUUCAUGUUUGUCUUCCUCUUGUCCAUCGCCAGAUCCAUCUCUGGUUCGCUCCAAUAACUUGACGCUUCAAACGACGGAUAAACCUUCUGAUGAAGACCGGAUCUUCCCGUUGAACAAGAUUAUAGCAAGAUGUGUACGUUCAGGAGAUAUGGAUGGGGCUCUCAGAGUGUUUCACGGGAUGAGAGCUAAGAACACAGUCACAUGGAAUACACUGCUCGUUGGGGUUUCUAAGGAUCCAAGCAAAAUAAAGGAAGCACAUCAACUGUUCGACGAAAUCCCCGAACCAGAUACUUUCUCCUACAACAUAAUGUUAUCUUGCUACGUUCGUAACGGCAACUUCGAGAAGGCACAAGGCUUCUUCGAUGGUGGUCCAUUCAAGGACGCGGCGUCAUGGAACACGAUGAUCACAGGGUACGCACGGAGAAGGGAGAUGGAAAAAGCGCGGGAGUUGUUCAACGCCAUGACGGAGAAGAACGAGGUUUCUUGGAAUGCAAUGAUCUCCGGUUUCGUAGAAUGCGGGAAUUUGGAAAUGGCAUCGGAGUUCUUCAAAGCGGUUCCGGUUAGAGGCGUCGUGGCGUGGACGGCGAUGAUCACAGGGUACAUGAAAGCCAAGAAGGUUGAAUCAGCUGAGGCAAUGUUCAAAGACAUGACGGUGAAGAAAAACCUCGUUACUUGGAAUGCAAUGAUCUCUGGUUACGUCGAAAACUCUCGGCCGGAAGAUGGAUUGAAGCUAUUCAAGGUAAUGCUCAAUGAUGGAAUUAGGCCUAACCCGUCAGGACUAAGCAGCGUACUGCUUGGAUGCAGCGAGUUAUCAGCGUUACGGUUAGGGAGGCAGAUCCAUCAGAUAGUGUGUAAAUCUACACUGUGCAGCGACGUAACCGCGUCGACGUCUCUGAUCAGUAUGUACUGCAAAUGUGGAGAACUCGGCGAUGCUUGGAAACUCUUUCAGGUUAUGAGGAAGAAAGAUGUUGUGGCGUGGAACGCGAUGAUCUCCGGGUAUGCGCAGCACGGUAAAGCGGAAAAGGCUCUGUCUUUGUUCAGUGAGAUGAGAGAUGAUGGCAAUGUCAGGCCGGAUUGGAUAACGUUCGUCGCGGUUUUGCUGGCUUGCAACCAUUCUGGACUAGUGGAUAUUGGGGUGGAGCAUUUCGAGUCGAUGGUGAGAGAUUACAAGGUGGAACCACGGCCUGAUCACUACACGUGUAUGGUUGAUCUUUUGGGUAGAGCUGGGAAGCUUGAGGAGGCGUUGAGAUUGAUAAGGUCAAUGCCGUUUAGACCACACGCUGCUGUCUUUGGGACGCUCUUAGGGGCUUGUAGGGUUCACAAGAAUGUGGAACUGGCUGAAUUUGCAGCAGAGAGACUGCUUCAGCUCGACCCGAGAAACGCAGCCGGGUUUGUGCAGCUUGCGAAUGUCUACGCGUCGAGGAAUCGUUGGGAAGAUGUUGCAAAGGUUCGCAAGAGAAUGAAGCAGAGCAAUGUUGUGAAGGUACCUGGAUACAGUUGGAUCGAGAUUCGGAACAAGAUUCACCAUUUCAGAUCAAGUGAUCGGAUUCACCCGGAGCUAGACUCAAUACACAAGAAACUGAAGGAGUUGGAGAAAAAGAUGAAGCUGGCUGGAUACAAACCAGAGCUAGAGUUUGCAUUGCACAAUGUAGAGGAAGAUCAGAAGGAGAAGCUACUGUUAUGGCAUAGCGAGAAGUUGGCUGUAGCUUUUGGGUGCUUAAAACUCCCUGAAGGUUCACAGAUACAAGUUUUCAAGAACCUGAGAAUCUGUGGUGAUUGUCAUAAAGCAAUCAAGUGUAUAUCGGAGAUAGAGAGACGAGAGAUUGUAGUGAGAGACACCACAAGGUUUCACCAUUUCAAAGAUGGGGCUUGCUCUUGUGGCGAUUACUGGUGAAAAAGAGAAGAGCUUUGACUCUUCCUUCUCUGUUGGGUCAAAUGUGACGUGAAGACAGUAUAUAUAUGCGUUAUUGUGUGAAAAAAUGUUUCCACCUUUGACUUUAGAAGUUUACGUUAGAGGAGAGAUGCGUAGAUCAGCGAGUGGCUCAACGGUUUCCGAUCAAAAUUUUCCGGCGAAUCUUUCAACGCCGUCACUGACUCCGCCACGAUCUCAGAGCGUUACAGCUAUGGAAGAUGAUGUGGAGCUGCUUUUGCCAAAGUUCGACCCGAAUUCUCAACCAGGGAAGAGAGAGAAGUCAAGAUUCAGAUCUGCAGAAAACGUCAUCCAUUUCAUUCCUCUCAUUUUGUUGCUCUGCGUCGUAGUCCUCUGGCUCUUCUCUCAUUCAGCAGCGUUAAGGAGUUGACUUGAAGAAGCAAAAGUAUCAGUCUCCAAUGGGAAGAGGUUCCACAUUUGCGGUUGAGUCAGUUUUGGGAAAGAACACAACUUUUCACUGCCAAGUGCCAAGGAGAUUCUUUUGUGGUCGCAAACUCUUUUGUUGUGUUGUCUUGAUUUUUUUUCUUUACACACACACACAUUUAUAGAUAUAGGGGAUUGUCUGAAAAAGUGAUAUAUUUUCCAAUGAAAUGUUGUUUGAAAAAUGUGAAAUUUCGCGUGGGUAAAUAAACUAAUUCAACAUAAUAAAGAAACAAUUCUUAAUUAGGUGAGGGUAAAUUGGUAAUCUAAUAAUAAUCAUUCUAUUGGUCAAAAAAAU